CAUGCAUGCUCCGUUCAUAGGUAGCAAUCUCCUGCCUGCAUCUCACUUUCUUUCUUUCUUCUUUACUCCGUAUCUUGGGGCGUAUUCUGGGGUCCUGGGUCUCGAGCGAGUGGCUGAGAGGGAUCGCGUGGCUCGGGGGGGUUGCAAUAAGGAAAAUGAGUACGACUGCGCAAUGUGAAACGCCAGGGGGGAGCAAAAUGAAAGAAAGUUUAGUUGAAGUUCAUUCUUUGUUU